AUGUACGCUCGGCCCCUCGAGCGUCUCAAGCGUGUCAAUCCUGUGCUGCCGCGAAGGUUAAGUGCGACAAUGCGCAACGCUGUGGACGUUGCUCCAAGAAGAAUAUCCCUUGUCGGUGACUUGGAUGAUCCGUCCGUGUACGUGUCGUCUGCCUCGUCGGAUCUUCAACCUCUGCAGGUCAUGACACCCUGCCUGGAUGUUACGGGCCUCUCAGAGAUGCCACGCAGCCCCCGCGCAGAGCCCCGCACACCAAGUGUCACCCAGACAUGGAAGAAUCGAAGCUCCUAUGUCGAUCCUAACGGCCCUUGGGAUGAUGCGUUCAACGGCAUCAUUGGAUCAAGCCGAGAAUUCGGAUUCGCGAGCAACAUGUUCGACUUAGGGAACGACAUCAACUUUGUCUUGACUGAUCCCGACAUCGAUUUUCUGGCCUCCCUCCCGAAGUUACCAUCUUACGAUCGCGUCAAUACGCCUCCAUCGCCUUCCGCCAGCCUCGCCUCGAGACUAGGUCAGGCAACCUCUGACGCAGUCGUGGAAGCUUUCAAGCAAUCUGCUGGUCGCUGGGAUCCUGAAAAACAUCAUUACCGGGCAGUAGCUUUAGAGUCGUCUCUGUCUCUCGGAACCACCAAGAUUGACGGCGUUGGGAGAUUUGAUCCACACAUAUUCAACGAGGACCUUUCGAUUAAUAUCCGAGAUCAAAUCCUGGGUGUCAUCGCCCGAUCGUGUGAGCAAGACAAUUUGGUUCAUGUUAUAUCGGCCUUUCCGGGAGUCGAAGUCCUCGACAGAUUGCUGAAAGCAUUCUUAACAUGGCACGUCGCUCAGACCGAAUCCUGGAUCCAUCUUCCUACAAUGUCGCUGAAAGAAGCUCGAAUUGAACUACUGAUGGCUUGCAUCGCCUCAGCGGCUGCGAUAUCGCCAAGUCGACCUGUACAGAAGUUUGGACUAGCAAUACAGGAGUUUUUGGUGUUUCACCUCUGGCAGAUGUCAGAAAAAGCCAAUACGCUUAUUCGAGACCUUCAAUUUCUUCAGGCAUUUAUGUUGCACCUCCAGAUCGGGACCUGGAGUGGCAUUAGAAGGAAAAUGGAGAUGUGUUCUAGUUUUUUGGGUAUACUGUCGAACUCCUUGCGCGGAGGCGACCGUUAUCGUUAUGCCUCAUACACAGGACUCGUUCCCCACCCCGACGAUGAAGGUUCCGUUUUGGAAUCAAAGUGGAAAAUUUGGGUACGGGAGGAAUCAUUUAAAAGGCUUGUCCACUGUGUAUAUAUUUACUCCUCCCAAGAGACCCUGUUGACCUCGGGAACACCACCUAUAUUCUAUUCUGAGCUAUCUCUUCCACUACCUCAGGCAAGGAGGCUGUGGUUCGCUAGGUCAGCUACAGAAUGGAAGACUGCUUUCUUGGAUAUGCAACUCGACGAACGAGGCCGUUCUCCUUGUAUCAUUGAUCUGCUGUCCGAUCCUACAAGGAUGGGUUCGCUGUCUACCCUGUAUGACCGGGGACUAGCAGAAGUCGCCUUCCUCUAUGCAUGUUCGUCUUUGAUCCGUCGCUACCGACAAGAUCAAACGGUUUUCUUGUCCAAUGGUAACGCCAAUAACCGCGAACGUGUGUUGUCGGAUGAAAUGCAACAUAGAGGGAUUCUGCAGAUCUUGAACGAUGCCCGAUCGAACCGUGAGCGCGACAAUGAACAUACUGCCCCGGAAUCAGACUUGAUCCUAGAGGUGCUAUUCAUGCACCUUUUUGCCUCACUGGAUCAAAUGGAACUUGUGGCAGGUAAAGAUGGUCCGGAAGAAGCGCGACUUGCCUACCCGUCUCUUCAUCGGUGGAUCCAGACCUCAGGCGCCAGACAAGCUGUUUGGCAUGCGGGCCAAGUGUUGAACGCUCUGCGUAAGCUGCCACCCGAACAGCUCAGCAACUUCUGCGCUGUCGUGGCCUAUCACGCCAGCCUUUGCAUCUGGAUCUAUGGAGUUGUCUCACAGGACGGGAACGAUUCUGCUUCUGCCAAGUCGACGCCUCCGUCAUCAGAUCAGCUGCCCGAAGUCUUGAUUGAUGGCGAGGAAAGCAUCGAGACACUACGUUGGAUCAGCCAGAAUCGCGGAGUCCCUGUCAUCACGGACGAUUCCGAACCACAUACUGCAGGCCGCCGAUUGAAGAACAUACCGAUCACACGUAGUGGGGAGCUCACUGACGUGGUUCUCAGUACGGUUAUGGUAAAGUUUUCUUGGAAGAACUCGGUCUUGGUGGAAAAUAUUUGCCGCUUAUUGCAUGCGUUGGGAAAAACAUCCAAAGGCGUGGAAUGA